AUGAUUGCUUCAGGCGGCAUGAAGCGCAGUUUGGCGUUCAGUUUUGCCUUUAUCCUGGCAAUGUUCAUGGUCGCCCAGCUUUUCGUUGGGCCUGAGCGAACCGUGCAGUCCGUUAAGGACACAACCCACAAAAUCUACGAGGCUACAAAGAAAAAACCUUUGACUGCGACGCAGUCGCUACAGGCCCUCUGGUCUUCGAUCAAGGUUCCUCUCACAGUGAAAACUUACACCGAUGCGGACGGCAACAAGUUCAAUCUCACUCAAAAGCCAAUCUGGACGAAACCACUGGGCAAGGAUAUCUUGAUCAUCGACAUUGACACCCGACAACCGACCGGUUACAACCAGAUUCUUAACAAUAGAAAGCUCAACUGGGAGAAGCUCGGUGACGGUGCCUACAUGGACGAAGAUGUUGGCUUGACCUCCUCUGCCAUCUUCAACCACUACUUGUACUCGCAAAUUCACGGAUACGACUAUGUGUUCUUCCAAGCGAAGGAAGUCGGAUAUCAACACCACACUUGGGUGAAGGUCCAUGCCAUACCCGAGUUGCUCAAGGACUACAAAUUUGUUGUCUUCCUAGACGCCGAUGUUACUGUAAACCACAUGGAAGUACCGCUAGAGUGGCUGUUCAAUAAGUGGAAGAUCACACCUGAGACAUCCCUCGCUUUGCCAAACGACGUCACCCGGGAAGGCUGCAACACUUGCGAUUCCAAAGGACAAGUAAUGCUAAGCUCUGGCUUCAUGGUUGCGCAAAACAUACCGCACACGCACAAGAUAUUCGAUGAGUGGAAAGCAUGCCCAAACGAAACAAGAUACCCGGGCUGCGGUCAGUGGGCGUAUAAGUGGGCGCACGAACAACGGGCACUGUCAGAGUUCCUUCGGUACGAUGAGGAAUUGAAUCCCAACAACAAUAUCCUCCCCCUUCCUUGCGACGACGCCAACGGUAACCCCGAGAUAGAAGAUAUAAAAUAUCCAGGCAUGACGUUCUACUCCGAUUGCAAAGGCAACUUCUUUCAGCACCAUUGGCUGGCUGGAGGCAAGAAGAUGGCAAAGUCUGCGAUUGCAGAUUCUGUCAUGCAAUCGAUCGGUGAAGUGGUACAACGCGCAUUAUGGGCUGGGCAGGAUAAUCUGGUGAUCAAUCAGACUGCGCAGGCAGUGGCAGACCGGGAACAACAACGACACAUAAAACCACAGGAAACACAGGAACUACAGGGCGGUAUUUCGGAAUAG